ACACGCACACACACACACACACACGCAUGCACAGAGAUCGAGAGAGCGACAGGGAGAGAUCGAGAGAGAGAGAGAGAGAGGGUUGAUGAUUGCUGGCUGCACGACACGAAUUUGGUCGGCGAAUUUUUUUGUUUGAUCUGCAUUAAUUCCUGUUCUUAAAGCGUGCAUCGUUGCAGCGUUGUAACAUCUGCCAGAUCCACAGGGACGCAGAGAAUCUCGAGCAGUUAUUCUUCUUAAUAAGAGAAGAAGAGACAGAUAGAGAGAGAGAGAGAAAGAGAGAGAGAGAGAGAAAAAACCCCAGCCUCAAGAGAUGCCCAAAAGGAGCGGACUUUGGUUGCUGCUGCUGCUGCUGCUCGUGCUCCUGCUCGGGCUGCUGGUCGUCGCAUCGGCGCACGAGCAGGACGUGAACGAAUCGUACUCGCCGCGGAGAGCGCGCGCCUCCGCCAACAGCCCUGCGGAUGUGGUGCGCUGUUUGAAUAAUGCCCUCCAAGUGGGCUGUGGUGCCUUCGCUUGUCUGGAGAACUCGACGUGUGACACAGAUGGAAUGCAUGACAUCUGCAAGUCCUUUCUCUACAGCGCUGCUAAAUUUGACACUCAGGGCAAGGCCUUUGUGAAGGAGAGCCUGAAGUGCAUCGCCAAUGGCAUCACCUCCAAGGUCUUUCUUACUGUGCGCCGUUGUUCCGCUUUCCAGCGGAUGAUCUCGGAGGUUCAGGAGGAGUGCUACACCAAGCUGGACAUCUGCACUGUGGCCAGGUCAAACCCAGAAGCCAUCGCGGAGGUAGCACAACUGCCCAGCCACUUUCCUAACAAGUUUUAUGGGAAGCUGCUGCAGAGUUUAAUGAACUGUGACGAGGAAACAGUCGACCUGUUGAGGGUGAAUCUGAUGGCCCGGUUGGGGCCAGAGAUUGCCAUGCUCUUCCAGCUACUGCAGAACAAGCCUUGCCCAUCCACUGCUGUGCCCACUGGGGCGGAGACUCGUGGAGGCUGGCACUGGCCCGCCAGUCCCCAUCCACACAAGAACCAGCCUCAUCUACGCAACAGGGACGCAGCCAAUCUCUUCAGCAAGAAACGCAACAUGGAUAACAGCUCUUAACCUUUUGCGAAAUGAAAACAAACAAAACAUAUUAGUGGCUCGUUCACCAUCAGAAUGCAGGAAUAAUGUUAGUUCUCUUGAACAGGGGGGGAAAAAGAAAUGCACCUAUAUGAAAAUAGCUUGAAUGUCAAAUGUUUUUGUUUGUCAACUUUAGAUUUGAUUUUUAUUGUCAUAGAAAUUCAAGGGACUAGUUUACCAGCUAAGCUUUUUUUUUUUUUUUUUCAUAUUUAGAGACUGACCUAAGCACAGUUAAAGUCUCUCCUACAAGCUCAGUGUAAAAAAAUAUUCAGGCCAUUGUGUAGAAAGUUCUUAAAUAGAAUCAAAAAAAGAAAAAAAGAAAUAUUAUUUUCAUGAAAAGUAUCUUAAAAGAAAAGAAAUGAAAAUAAUACCAUACAAUAGAACCAUUUAUAUAUCUAUACAACCAAUAUUAUCUUAAAAAGGUUACAACAAAGAAAAUUUGUGUAUAUAUACUGAAUAUAUUGUUAAUGUGAAAUAGUUGGCAUGUGCUAUAAAUAUGAGAGUGUACUAUUUAUUUAUUAACAGAUAUUUUACUAUUUUUAGAUGUUAAAUUGCCACUAGUUCUUAAAUUGCCACUAGCCUUUUUUUGUGAAAGCUCACCCACAGGGUGAGGGAUAUCUUUAAAAAGAGAAUCUGCAGGAAUUCAUUACAGACCAAAAAAAAAAAAAAAAAAAAGAUUUACUCCAGAUGCCAUAUCUCAUAGACCCUGCAUGCAGUAACAUUAGGUGCCAUGAUUGAAAUCAUUUUUUUUUACAUAAUUAAUUAGAAAUCGGAAAGAAGGCGAUCCUUUGGUAGAUAUUUAGAUUAUUUUUCUAUUCGAAAAAAAAAAACAAAGCAACAUUUGUUGCUAACCCUCGAGUGCAAUGCUAGUGUCACAUGAAUUUAUGAAAUUAUAGCCAGACGUGAUGGACAGAUGAACAACUUGCUCCCUGGUGAAUAUGACGUACAGAGGUGGGGUCGAGCAUGCGAGUGCUGCGCAGCAAACCAAGAUGUCUAUUUAAGAAAAGAGAAUUUUGGGUUUAUUCAUAUUUAUUUUCCUACUAUAUUAUUUAAGUGUUUAUUUUAUUACGUUUCUGUAGAUAUGCUAUGAUGACUCAGCUAGAUGUGUUUUUUUUUUUUCAUUUCUAUUUUAACUCGUUUUCUUUUUUCCUUGUCGUUUUUCAUUCUUUUUUUUAUAUUCUUAUAUUUCUUGGACCUUUCUCUUUCAUGUUCUUUAAGACAAGACCCAUGUAAUGACUCUGUGCUGGUCAUGGGGGAACACGUUGGUCAUUUGAGUCAGCUCACCUUAGCCGCGAGUGUUGUACGGGACCACUAUAAAAGACUAAACGAAAGUAGAAAAAAAAAAAAGGUGUUGCGAGCAUUGCCACUUACUGUGUAUUUUGUGCAGGGUCAACAAUAGACUGUUGCUUAAAGUUAUAUUUUCAGCUUUAAUAAAAAUCUGCCUGUCUUAGAGGGGGAAAAAUAAUUAACAUCCAGUAUUUCAAAGCACCGGUGUCUUUUUUUUUGUUCGUUUUUUUUUUUUUAUGUAAAGGGUGGGUUUAAGCUGUUCUAUAGUAUACCUACAGUUAGCACAAACAGUUCAAGCUGGAACAGUCACUGCAAAGUGUUUUCUGGAGCCAUUCUUGACACUAUGCAAUAUACAAUGUUUAUGAAAAGGCCUUUUUUUUCUCUCUCUCUUCUCUCUCUCUCGGAGUGUUUAACCAGGGUGGAAGAAUAGACAUCUCUGUUUAAGUGCUUUGUGGAGAAGUGAAGAUAAACUAAGACUGGGGAAGCAGGGAGGGUGAGUUGUUAGAGGCAAAGCUCGGGAAGACUUGAAGACUUAGGGUCGUAUAUAAUAAAA